CCCAAAAGCGCGGGAAAGAAGGGAGGGCGAAGAGAUAAGAUCCAGUGUCCGUCUGUCUGAGUGUCACCAUGCAUGCGUUUCUGAAGACCGGCAAGCUUGGGGCGGGGGUGGCUGGCGGGGCGGGUGUGGCUGGCAGCAGUGACGGAGGGAAGAAGACUGCGGUGAAGAAGGCUUUGGUGCCCUGGGUGGAGAAAUACCGGCCCAAGACAGUGGAGGAGGUGGCGUAUCAGGAGGAGGUGGUGGCGGUGUUGAAGAAGACUCUGGAGGGUGCUGAUCUCCCUAACCUGCUGUUCUAUGGCCCUCCUGGUACUGGCAAGACCUCCACCAUCCUGGCAGCAGCAAGACAGCUGUUUGGGGACAUGUUCAGACAGAGGGUGUUGGAACUGAAUGCGUCUGAUGAGCGAGGCAUUCAGGUUGUCAGAGAGAAGAUAAAGAGAUUCGCACAAACAACUGUCUCUUCAACCAGGCCAGAUGGCCGUCCAUGCCCGUCAUUCAAGAUCGUGGUACUGGACGAGGCGGACUCCAUGACGCGGCCGGCCCAGGCAGCACUGCGGCGGACCAUGGAGGUGCAGAGCCGGUCCACUCGAUUCUGUCUUGUCUGUAACUAUGUCACCAGAAUUAUUGAACCACUCACCUCCAGAUGCUCCAAGUUCAGGUUCAGACCCCUCGCCCAGGGCAUACUGCAGGAGCGACUGACCUCCAUUUGCCGCAGCGAGGGAGUGGAGUGUGAGGAAGGGGUGGUGGCGACGGUGGUAGAGACUAGUGGGGGUGACCUUCGACGUGCUAUCACCUCUCUCCAGUCCUCCGCCAGACUCCGGGGGGGUGAGGCAGUGCGGGUGUGUGAUGUUUUGGAUGUUACGGGUGUCGUACCAGAAGACCUCAUCACACAGUUAUUAGACGCCUGUAGUUCCAAUUCCUACGAGGCAGUGAAGGGUCGGCUGGCAGUGCUGUUGUCAGAGGGGUUCCCAGCCAGCCAGGUGAUGUCCCAGCUCCACGACGCAGUGCUGGCCAACCCGACACUCUCCGAUCUGGGCAAGGCGGCUAUUUGUGAGAAGCUGGCGGUGUGUGAGCAUCGUCUGCUAGGAGGUGGUGAUGAAUUCCUGCAGCUCCUCGACCUCUCCUGCACUGCCAUGACUCAUCUCGGCAGGGGCGCUUAGAGAGAGAGAGAGAGAGAAUAUGUGUGUUAGUGGUAAAAUAUGUUAAUGUAGAAAUGUGAUAAAAGAGAGAGAGAGAGAGAGAGAGAUAUCUGCAACUUUUUUUUCUUUUUUUUACUUUCAUUCUUUCUUCUCUCCUCUCUCUCUCUCUCUCUCUCUUCCUUUUUCUCUCUUCUUCCUUCCUUCCAGAGAGAGAGAGAGAGUACCUACAAUUUUGCAUCAAUAAAAUUAUGUCAGAAUUAUUAUAAUAAGAACAUUCAUUUCUUCUACCUGUCUAAUAAUAAUAAUAAUAAUAAUAAUAACUAUUGUAUAUAAUCAAAAGUAAUGCUAAUAAUAACUACAAUUAUUAUUUAUUCAAUUUUAUUUCACUAAUUUUUAUUCAUUUUUUUCUGUCCUGACUUUGAAGAGUAUUGGAACCACUGUUAAGAGGUUCCAAUACUUCAUUUACCUUCAGUUUUUAUUGAUGUCAUUAACUCACUAAAGGUUUA